UAGGCUACUCUAGUUUGCCGCGUCGCGUCACUGGCAGCGUAGGCUGCGAAGAGUACAGGUCGCGCGCAAUAUUUGUGCACGCGCAACAUCCGGGUGUCAAGCUGUUCUGUGAUCUUCCUAAACCUGAUACCGAUAGGAGCGUCAACUGUCUGUAAAAUGUGUAAAAUAACAAUUAAACCCCACACGACUCGACAAUUAACUCUUUUGAUGCCAAAAGUAGGGCCGUUACCGAACUAUUUUUCGACGUUUAAUGUGAAACGCGAGAAAAAAUAUAAGUUACCCAGUUUGAGAUGGGGAAGUCCCCGCAAGGAAAUCCCCUCUUCAUAAAAUAAUUUCGAAAUUGAGUGAGGCUCUCACAAGCUGAAGCUUUCUGCCUUUGGUCUCCAGCAGACGCAUGCCAGCCUAUGACACUCAAACCUGUACAAUCUAUGGGAAAACCGAACUUUAUAUAUUGCCUUUAACGCGUGAGCGGAUUAUGUUCAGCAUGGAUGAGGUAAAGAGGGAGAACGAGGCGCUGAGGGCGAAGUUGCGCAGCUACUCUACACUCAACACAUUUUACCACGAAACACAACAAGAAAUCUCUCGUUUAAAUCAACUGGUCUCCUCCAAAGAAGGAAUUAUUAUCGAUUUGAGGGCAAGACUGGGGAACUAUGAGAAAACAUUGGUCAUGGAGGGAGAGGAGCCCUAUUUUGUAGGGCCGUCGAAAUCUCUCAUCGAAAGUUUGUGUAAGGAAAUUUGCAAAUUAAAGCAAAAAGUCAAGGAGUCAGAGGUGGACACCGCCCAGAAACUGGAAUCCAGUAAAACAGAGAUCCAGAGAUUGCAAGAAAAGUUGAAGGAGAAGGAUCAAGAGCUGGAGACCAUCAGGGAAAGGCCCGAGCAGGAGAAAGAGAGGGAGAUCCAGCGACUGCGCUCCACAUUGGCCGAAAUCGAUCGGACACAGGCCACCAGGGCCGUCCUUUGCAACUCUCUCGCUGAAGAAGCCGAGCAGUUGAGAGCACAGCUGGGGGCCACCGUGCAGGUGUGCCAGGAGCUUUUGGGGCGGCUGGAGGAAGAGAAAAGCAAGACAGUCAUGACAGAUCAGAGAACUCAAGCAAAUGAGACAAAUGAUUCCCCUGAAGUUCCUCAUCUAAAUGUCAUCAUCAGCAAGUUAGAAGAGGAGAAUGACCAGCUUAAAAAGAGAGUUGCAUAUGUGGAAAGUUUAAACUCAAAGUGGCAGAAGUAUGACUCCAGUAGAGAGGAUUGCGUGAGGGGAUUGUGUCAGAAGUUGAAAGAGUCAAAUGGUCUGGCAUCUGCAGGUCCGACCCUGACCCAGACUCUGGCUCCGGCUCUGGUCGCGGGCAGCAUGCCUUUGUUACAGCAGGAGAUCGCGCGGCUCAAUGGCCUCCUGCAGGACAAGAUGAUGGAGUGCGAGAGACUCAGCAGAGAGAGGGAUGAAAGUAAAAGAAGAGACCGGGAACGCAUUCAGAUGCUUGAGCAGCAGGUUUUGGCCUAUAUUGAGGACUUCAAAUCGGAGAGGGCAGACCGAGAAAGGGCUCAGGGUAAAAUCCUGGAUCUUCAAGAUGAAGUUGGGCGACUUCAACUGCAAAUACGCACACAGGGUGUCCAAGAUACCUCAUCCUCACGGCGACUUCACAUGGGCCUAAAAAAAGUUCCCCACCGACAGACGGACACUGCCGAACCACUAAGAAACAGUCCCCCAGAAACUAACUCAAAGAGGACUAUCAGUAACACGGCACCGCAGGGAGCCGCUGAACUGCAGUGCCCUCGCUGUCUCACCACAUAUGACGACGAGCACACGGCCGAGUACCUAAAACACUGGGACGAGUGUGCCAAGCUGUGAGUCUCUCACCUCACUGACUUUUCACAGGGCACUGAAAGCACUGAGGACAGAAUCACUACACGCUUGCAGACUAUGGGAUGUUUGACAGGAUGUUGAUGAAGGCAGGGACACGUUUGAACAGGAUCGUGUCGCAGGAAGAGUUUUUUUUUGUUGUUUUUUUACUUGGCUUUUCGAUUGUGGGCUUAGUUGGUGUUAAGAAGGUCGCCUGUGGCAUAGGACUCAAGACGUGACUUUGGGUGCGUCAUUCCCAGUUCACAUGGGCUGUCAUUGAAUGCAGAUGGUUUGGUUACGAAAAGUUAUUCAAUCUCAAGCAUUUUUGGUUUAUAAGUCACUGGGUUUUGUCAUUUGUUUGGUUUUAUGGUUUUAAGUAUGGGACAUUUUGUAUUAGUUUCAAUCAAAUUUAGCUAAAUACUGUAUUGCAGAUCUGUGUAUAAUUCAAAUGAAUUGUCAAAUUGGUAUCAUAUACCUCAUGUAAAGACAUAGUAUGCACUUUUUACUAUUUUAUUUUAUUAUUGCCAAAUACGGAUGAUAAAUGUACAUAACCUUUUAUAUUUAAUACAUAAGCUUCAUUGUUAUUAGACUGUCCGAUACUGUUUUUGUUAUGGUGCUAUUUUAAUAUUUCAUUUUUUUUUAUUUGUAAGUGUGUUGUUAGUAUUUGCCUUGGGCUUACAUUUUAAAUCAGAGAUGUUCAUUUGUACCAGAAUAUACAGAGCAGAACAGCACACACUAUAAAUACUCUUUCAACAUUUGACUUUCUGAUUCAUAUACAUAUAUAUCAAACAUUAGUUUCUGGUUAAAAAUGUUAAAUGGCUCCGUCAGGCACUUUUUGACUGUGAGGUACUUGCCAUUCGAUCCCCCUCUGCAGCUGAAAACAUUCUAGUUUUAAGUAAGAGAGGAAGUUCCCUGUGAAAUUUUCACGUCUCAGAUGCUGCGUAUGACAAAAUGGUCUUCUAUUAAAGUGUAUCUGAACACUUUUUGGGGGGUUUUAAGGCACUGACACCAAAAACAUUAAUUGACAAUAAGAAAUUAUUAUAGAGAUGCCAAACUGAGACAGAGAAAUGUGAUAACUAUAGUAGGAUUUAUUUUUUUAUAAUAAAAUAUUUGCUUAAGGACCCUCUUCUAAACUGUUUUAUCUUGUUCGUGUCUGUCAGUGUUUGUACAGCCAAAGGUACAUUUUAGGAAGAUAUGGGAAACCAGACACUGAGAGAGUUGUGAUAAUGCUGGCAAGAUCAUGAGGCAAAGUGUGUCAUGAAGCAUUAAACUCAAGUCCCAUGGGAUUUGAAAGUGUGUGUGUAUGCGCACAAGUGGUGGAAAACCCCUUCCCAAACACAAGUGAAUGGACGGGCUAUAACUACAGCAAAUUCUCAGCUGUCCCCAGGCCUACAAGUGACUAGAAGAGAAACAAGCGACUGUUGGGAUAUAGUGGGACUGGUUAUUUAAAGGGGAGGAGACUAUAGGAACAAACAAGGUUGUCUUUAACUGAAACUAGAACACUAAUAUCAACAAAUCAAAAUCUAAACUGCUGCCAUGGUUUUGAGAUGCUAGAAACAUUAUCCAACCCAGAAUGAAGGGAUUAAGUUUGAGAAUCCCAAAAAUGCAGCAAAAUAAUAAAGUCACCAUUGGUGAUAGUCUGUAGGCUUGUGUGCAUCCUUAUGUGGUUCUGUGGAAUUAGUUAAUAGAGUCCAGACAUACAUUUUGUAGGACAGAACCUGGAAACGAGUUAGCAUUUUAGCUCUUCUAGUUCCAUCAUCCUGAAGUCCGUUGGCUUUUGGUUAAAUGCUUGAAAUAAGAUCUGUGGUUAAUACAAGCGUGAGAUAUUUUGACAUUUAUCUAAAUGGGACUAGGUUGUUGGGGACAUUAAAUGUCAUGCAGAACAGGCAAUCUCAUCUACUCACUAGUCUGCUUUCACAGCCUUGUUUAGUGCAUAAUUGCACGCUUGAAAACUAGGGAGUGUGUGUGUGUGUGUGUGUGUGUGUGUGUGUGUGUAUGUGUUUUGAAGUUACCACUUGGUGAUGUAGCUUAAGAAUGGCCUACAUUUAGCUUUUAACAUCUGCCGACUGUUUUUAGGCCUCAAAAUAGAUAAAAGUCCUGUCUAAUUGUGAAUGAUGAACAAGACAUGUAAGAAUCAUGACUUUUUGUCAGUCACAGAGCUUAUUUUUUGCAAUAAUCCAAAAGCCAAAGGAAAAAAUCGGUUGGGUUUUCGUUGAGGGAUGCAAAAUUCUAGGUUGGCCUACAAAAACAUUUCAUCACUACAAAACUCUAUUAUAACUUACAAGUGCACAAGUGCUUCCUGUGUGCAACCACAAGAAGUACAAUGAAUGAAUUGAGAUAUGUAUAUAUACAGUACAGACCAA